UUGUGAUUCUUUCGUCUCAACCUCUUCUUUUUCGUCAAUCCAUACUUCUGUGACACGAUCAUCAUUCAUUUAUUUCCUGUCUCUCUCUCUCUCAUUCCCUUUACUUUGUAUAAAUUAACGUUUGACGUUCAUGAUCAAACAGUAUCCUAGCAACCUUUGAUCAUUUCAUUUGCGUGCUCAUUAUUCAUUUUCUCUACAAAAAUGUUUCUGCGUCGCCUUCUUGUCCCACUGGUCAUCAUUUUGCUGUCUUUUUCCACCUGUAAUGGCCUCAGGAAUCCAUCAAGACCGUGCCGGCAGCGUGCUUCUCAUACUCCAAGCUCUCUGAAAAUGGUGGAUGUGGAAGCCUUCAAAGGCAAAGGUGAAAGUGAUGAUACAGAGGCUUUUGAGAGAGCUUGGAAUAAAGCUUGUAGUUCUGGAGCUGAUGUUCUUGUGGUUCCCAACAAGAGGGUUUAUCAUCUCAAGCCAAUUGUAUUUUCAGGUCCAUGCAAGUCUGAUCUUACAAUGAAGAUUGAUGGAACAAUUGAAGCUUCCACGGAUCCAUCAGACUACAAAGAAGAUGAAAGGCAUUGGAUUCGGUUUGAAAACCUGCAAAACUUCAAGGUAGAAGGUCGUGGAACCAUCAAUGGCAAUGGGCAGAUAUGGUGGGCAAAGUCCUGCAAAGUCAACAAAAAUCUUCCUUGCCGCGAAGCACCAACGGCUCUGACCUUCUUGGAAUGCAAUAACUUGAUGGUGUCUGGCAUAACGUCAAAAGAUGCACAGCAAAUGCACAUCAUCUUCCAGAAAUGUGUGAAUGUUAGAGCAUUCAAUCUCAAGGUAACUGCGCCGGAAAGGAGCCCCAACACAGACGGAAUCCAUGUCACCGCCACCCAAAACAUCCAGAUCUCGAACUCCGUAGUCGGAACAGGUGAUGACUGCGUUUCAAUCGUAAGUGGUUCAAAGAACGUCCAGGUCUUGGACCUCACCUGUGGCCCUGGCCAUGGAAUCAGCAUUGGCAGCCUGGGAAAAGGACAAUCGGGAGCCUUCGUCUCGGACGUGCUCGUGAAUCGGGCCAAGCUUUCAGGAACAACGAAUGGAGUUCGAAUAAAGACUUGGCAGGGUGGCUCAGGAUACGCAAAGAACAUCCGGUUUGAGAACAUAGCAAUGCAUAACGUGGAGAACCCACUAAUCAUAGACCAACACUACUGCGAUCAAGAGAAGCCAUGCCGGGACCAGGCCUCGGCCGUUCAAGUGGAGAAUGUGGUGUACCAGAACAUCACCGGAACCAGCGCGUCAGAAACCGCGAUAAGAUUGGACUGCAGCAGGGGCCACCCAUGCCAGGGCAUUUUGCUGCAAGACAUAGACCUAGUCGGAACGUCGCAUGGCCAUGCACAGGCUUCCUGCGUCAGUGCAAGCUUGUCAAGGAGGGGCAGGGUUUCACCAAGCUGUCCCUGAGAGCAGGAGGAGAGAAAUAUUAAUUAGUUGCUUCAUUAGUUCUGACAUUUAUGUACACUUCUUUUUCUUUUUGCUAUAAAGUUUAUAAAUUAUUGGGGUUGUCUGCAAAUCAAUCAUAGAUUAAUGGGUUAGUGUUAGUUUUUUGAAAUUUGAUUUAAAUUUAGUUUUGAUAAUGAUGAAUUUGGU